AUGCCCGUCGAACUCCGCAAGCGCAAAGCUCCCCCUCCUCCCCCUGAGCCUCCCGCCAAAAGGGCCACCGCUACCAAGAAGGCCGCUGCGCCCAAGAAGACGGCCGCGGCAAAGGUGAAGGACGCGGUGAAGGAAACCGUCACCAAGGUCGCCGAAGCGGCCACUUUCACCAAUGGCGCUGCGGCCGCCUCUGCCGAGAAGCCUGCUGUCGGUGAUGUAAUCACUCUUGAUGGUUUCGGGGGGGAGAUCGCCCUCCAAACCGGCGACUCCACCACCCUCGCCGCGCUGGCGGAAAAGUCAAAGAAGGGAGUCGUGCUGUUUACUUACCCCAAGGCUUCCACUCCUGGCUGCACCCGCCAAGCCUGCAUGUUCCGCGACGAGUACACCGCCCUGGCGACCGAGUCCGGGUUUGACAUUUAUGGCUUGUCGACUGAUUCACCCAAGGCGAACACCACGUUCAAGGAGAAGCAGAAGCUGCCGUAUGAGCUGCUCUGUGACCCCGGCGCGACGCUGAUUGGGGCGAUUGGGCUGAAAAAGGCGCCCAAGGGGACGACGAGGGGGGUGUUUGUUGUUGAUAAGGCGGGGAAGGUGCUUGCUGCGCAGGCGGGGAGCCCCGAGGGGACGGUCAAGGUUGUGAGGGAGAUUGUCGAGGGGUUGAAUGGGGAAGAAAAGGGGGAGAAUGGGGAGGAGAAGAAGGGGGAGAAUGGGGAGGAGGAGGAGGUGGUGGUAGAAGAGGGGAAGAAAGAUGAGGAGAGGGCAGAAGAGAAGAAGGAGGCGGCGGAGGCGGCGGCGGUGGUCGAGGAGGAGAAGGAAGAGGAGGUGGAGAAGAAGGAGGAAGACGAGAAGAAGGAAGAGGAAAAGAAGGAGUAAACUGUGGAGUACGUUUAUUUCGAGGGGUGUUCGCGAUAACGGCUUGAUUCUUUUUUCUCUAUGAGGGAUACCUAGGUAUAAAAAACGGUACCGGCAAUUUUGUAUUUCCAUUUUUCUUUGGACACGUUUAGGAACAAAUUUGAUGUGCUAUCAAUUAAUCGGUUGCAGAUGCCGACUGAGCACUUCAAAGUGCUUGCAGUGCCGUCUGUGGAUAUGUAAGACGACCAAAUACGACCCGUUCCUCGAUGCAUGUAGGAAACGAUGCGAAAUACUACCAACAGACUCUGAAUCGAUACAUGACUCUUGCUGGCUAUGCAAAUAAUGUAGCUCCGUCCAAAAACAAAAGUUCGAGCCAACGUCGAGAGGCGCUAGCCCCACUCAGGGGUAAAGUAAACAAGCCCCUGUCGACUCUUACCUCUGACCCAACAACUCGGAUGAAAGCCAGUGGGUGAGAACUAUCUGUUUUGACGCUUCCUUGUCCCAGU